GUAACAGGCAGAGUUUAUUCUUGCAGGACGGGAGCCGAGUGUUGCACUGACAGCGGGGUUUUUAUCUCCCUCCCUAAGGAAGGGACGAUGUUUCUGCAAAAGUUCUUCGUCUAUUUAACAGCACCAUGCAUGUUCUGCUAUAUUAUAGCUCUGAGCGUCAUCCUCAAUAUUUUAAAAGUUCUCUCGCCAAACCUCGCCAGGAAGCUCAUCCUGAAAAUGGGAGAAAAGGUUACCAUGACCCAGAAUCCCAGGUUUACCUACGAGGAUUGGGGCCUGACUUAUGGAUCGCUUGCAUUUAUUAAAGUUGCCUCUAAGACUCUGUGGCUUUCACUGGGACAAGAGGCUUUUGUUGGAGGAGAAGCUCCAGACUCACCUGUGAUCAGCAUGGAUGGGGAGAGAACCAGCAUCGUCAAGUACCUCAAAGGCAACAGGCCGCUGGUGUUGAGUUUUGGAAGCUGCACCUGACCCCCGUUUAUGUUCAAGCUUGACGAGUUCAAGCAGCUCGUCAGGGACUUCGGGGACGUGGCGGACUUUCUUGUGGUCUACGUCGCUGAGGCCCAUUCAACAGAUGGGUGGUCCUUUGGCAAUAACUUUGACAUCAGUGAGCACCGGAGCCUCGAAGAGAGGCUGUCUGCAGCACAGAUCCUGCUUCAGAACGACCCUCUGUGUCCUGUGGUGGUGGAUGAGAUGAGUAAUGUCUCAGCCAUCAAGUAUGCUGCCCAACCUGAGAGGCUGUACGUGCUGCAGGCUGGAAAAGUCCUUUAUAAGGGCAAAAUGGGGCCUUGGGGCUACAAUCUUCUGGAGGUGCGUUCAGUCCUGCAGAAAAUGAAAUAAGUUGAAACUCCUCGCUCCACCAGACUUUUCUCGGGAAAGCUGCUGUUGUUGAAAAUGCUUUGUUUGACUGCAGCUGACUGGAAUCUGCUAAUCUGACUGUGUUUUUAACUCUUUAUUGGCCCUGAAUCAAAACACUGUUAUCUCUAUGUGAACUUGUGCCUCUAUGGCAUUUACCACUGAAUAACGACAGCUAUUAUAAUUCCUUUGCUCCGUUGUCGUCCCCAGGCUCUCCUGCCACUUUCAUAUAUACGUUCUUAGCUCAACCUCAGCUUUGUGUUUCUUAGUGACGGCCGCAGAUGAAACCGCUGGGAUCUGUGACCAGAUGAGGUGAAACACGGAAACGGUCAGCUUGGAAUUUGUUUAUAAAGCUUGGUAGGAGGGAGCUGGUGUCUUAAAUUUAAAAUAUAAAUGACUAGAACUGCUAAUUUGUUUUCUACUUCUCCAGUCAGUGUCAGUACACCAGUAUAUUCUAUAAAAAUCAAAGAUUUAAGUAAAGAUUUAUCCACUCAUCACGUGUCUUUCGCUUAGCUGUAAUUGGGUUUCAGAGCUCCGUGGAGAAAAUCCAAACAUGCCUCGCUAGUGACACUGAAGAUAUCAUGAUACAUUUGUAAGGACUUUGUUAUAAACCAACAAAAAAGUAGUGGAUAACAGAACUGGAAGGAAAGGUAUACAUGGUUUUCAAAACUUUUAACAACUGAAGCCUUAAAACUGUGGCAUGCUUCAAUUGGACUGGUUUCUGUUUCUCCUGAACAAAGCUUCUGCACAACACAAUGCUGCCACUGCCAUGUUUCAGCAUGGAGAUGAUGUCUUCAGGUUAGGUUUGUGUUGACAUGUCAACCAAAAACUCCAGUAUUUCUUCCUAUGACUUUCUUCUUAUUUUUUUGACCGUUGUAACAGGAAGUCCCUUAAGAUAAAACUUCUUUUUGGAGGAAAACCUGCUCAAGAGGUACACCGGUGAAAAAUAAAUAAAAUAGAAAUAAUUAAAAGGUGCUGAAAAAUGUUUGUUAGAUUGCAGUAGCUAUGACUAUUAUGUCAAAAGAUCCUCCUACCUGAACUACAGAUCUCCUCAGCUUCUCCGAAGUUACCAAGGGUUAAGCACCCCAGGCCUGAACAGUCAGUUUAGGUGGAUGGCCGUGUCUUGGGAGAUUUGUUUUUGUGUCGUACUCAUUCUGAUCUCAGAUGAUACAGUGAACAAAGCCUGGGAUAUUGUUUUAUAACCUCAUAACAACGACUUUAUCACUGACCUGCCCGCUGUGUUCCACAUUCUCCAAGUUGUUCACUAAUGUUCUACUGCAUUAAUUCCUGACAAUAUGGAAAAGUUCAGUGACGAUACAUACUUUUGCAAAUUACUGUAGAUCAACUGGGAAAUAAACCCUGAUAGAAACUAACUAAAGGUAUAUACUUUAAUCUUGCCUCGAUUAUUGUGUUAGUUUCCCACAAUAUUGCCCGUUCGAAGAAACUAGCUGUAUGGUCCUAGUCUGAGUCACCGUGACUCACCUGAUACCACCAGCCUACUGGAACAGGAAAAAGGCUGCUGCAAAUUCACAGAGGACUUAUUAUUUCUUCACAGAAAGGCUCUCCAGGUGCUGACUGUCUGGAGGCAAUAACAAUACAACAGAGUGUUUGUUAUCUGAUUCUAUGCAGAUGUGCAUGUUUGAGUUGUGAAGCUCCACAUUCAGGUUGUUAUGCUGGUUAUCGCUUAACAGACUUAUCUCAGCCGAUUUCUGCAUUCAGCACUGUUGCUGUUAUGCAACAAGUGUUUGCUUUUUACAGCAUAUCAAAGGGCAAAUCUGUUUCGCCUGGAAUCAGGGGACGAAGCACAGAAAAACACCCUUUAUUACCAAUAUCAAAAUAUUAGAAUGCUGAUGUAUUUUGCUUAAUUUCCAUAUAUUUUGUUAUAAAAUAUGAUAGUUUGAGCAAAAUAAAAGGUCACAUUGUUGCUUUAUGUGUCUCAGCUAAUUCUGUGAGGGCAAUAACGCUACAUUAUUAAGAUGACAUUUUGUUUAUAAGUCUCCCACAUGGAUAUGACAAAAACAUAUUUUUAUGUUCUCGCAGCUUUAACAGCACAAAACUGUGUAGCUCUAAGUUUGGUCUGAGUGUGUUUGGCUCUGGCCCAGCCAGCUCACAUCCUGUGGAGGCAGGCCCACAGCAGCUCAACCCGGCUGACUUCCUUUUGUCGGGACAGGAACCAGAAUACUGUCAGAACCUCCCAGCAGUUGUCCUGUUUGGAUACAAACUUGAACCUUAAAAUGUGAAGACCAGAAGCCUCCCUUCCCUGCUCCGAGUCCCUGCAUGACAUGCAGGUUCUACUUUAGUCCACCAGGGGGCAGUUUGUACGUUACGUAAAAUGUGCGUCUAUUUUUACACCACCAUCACAUGCAGUGAAUCCCAAUCUGUCAUUUUCCAACUGUAUUUCAUUUUUGUUGUACUUAUCAGUAGCAUCUGUCUUCAUUACUCUUUAUAUACUACACAUCAAGUUUGUAUAAUAAAAAUCUGUUCUGUUAAACUCUACUUAACUAAUUUGCAAACAUUGUUUUAAAUAAUAAUUUAAAAAAAUCUAAGUUGUAGUUUUGUAACAUUUAUUCCAGUUUAGGUAUUUAGUCACAGUAUAAAAUACAGCCAGUGACGCAUGAUGUUCGCUUAACUGGACAGUUUAUUCAUUGCAAUUUUCCACACAAUUAAUUAGUUUUAUUUAUAAUUAGUUGUUUUGCCAGUCCUGUGCAGUACAGGACUGACCAAAUGUUCCUGAGUGUUCAGCAAUUCUGAGUGGCUGCCAGGUAUGCAAGUUUUAGGGAACGUCUGUAUGAUUUUACACAAGUUGCCCAGAAGGUGGCAGUGUAGGGACUGUCAACCGGGUCAGCACCCACACUCAUAGAAGAGAGCUUUUGAGUGGCUGCCCACUGUGGAGGCCACUAAAAGGUUUGAAUGUUAUACACCAAUGAUUCCUCUUACUGUUGAGAUACAGUGGAAUUGAUGAAAACCACCAUAAAGAAUGUAAAUUCGUUUUUACCAAGCUUUCAUUGUAGCAUAUAGAAAUAAUCUACAUGGUUAUCUUUUUCCAUUCCAUGAUUUUAAAAACCCUGUUCAAUAAAUCUGUAGGUCUAAACGUAAUGUUGUGCAGCCAAACUUUUUGACUAACUGUGAUGGAAACAAAAACAAAGCCCACCUCUCUGCCUUUCUCACACCGAACUCUGAUGAGCCCAGACCUGAUGAGGAAGAACUUCCUCCGUCACAAAGGCUUCCACAGUCCAGGAUUUCCUCCAGUUGCCUUUAAAGCAGACACUGAGGAAGUUCAUUAAAGGUUCAGAAAAGAGCUACAGCAACUCAAUAGUUGAUUUAUAUCUACUGUUAAAGCCGUCGUUACACACUAGCAGACGCAUUACAAAUUAGAAUAACAUCAAAGUUAGCUUAAGUAAAUCAAUCUAAAGAGAAAUUCUACUAUUCCUUUACACGAUACUGUAUGCCAAAUAUUUAUUUCAGCUAGUUUUGACACAGCUAAUAAGCAACCCCAAAUUCAGUUUCUCAGAAACUUAGAAUUAUCACAUAAGACUAAUGGUCAUUUAAAAAAAAUGAUCUAAAAUAGAAAAAAAUUGUGGUCCUACUUGAAAAUAUGUUCUGCAUGAAGUUUUUCAUCAGUUGGUCGUGGCUUCAUGGAUGAGAUCAGCCUCUGGCUCUGCUGAGGUGUUCAGGAAGCCCAGGUUGUUUUAUCUCAGCCUUCAGUUCAUCUGAUUGGUUGGUUUUGGUGUCUCUCAGCUUCCUCUUGACAAUACAGGUGAGUUUGCUGGUCAGUCCAUCACAGUAACGCCACAGUCAUCAAAGCAGAUGUUGAAACUUUUUGCUUCGACGACAAUAAAAAGAAAGUAUGCACCUCUGUAAUGCUUCAGAGCAGUAGGAAACAUUAAGUGGUUUGAAAUCCUGGUAGAUAACUGCGCCGACCUUGGAAUUUAAAAAAAACAACAGAGGACCAACACCAGAGAACGUCACGGCUCUACAAAUCACUGGAAAGUGGAAACUUGCUUAAAUCUUUGCCUCCCCACUCUUUCUGGGACCUUGAUUUUCCAAUAAAUAUAAAAUGCCCUUUCAUCUGGAAGAAAAGAAUGUUUUCAGAAUUGAGCAAAAGUCUAACCUUUCUACUUGAUCACUUUUCAUGUCGUCUCGGGUUCAGUAGAGGCUUAACAAGGAAUGUACGAGUUGUAGCCCAUGUCUCUCUGUGUUGGCUCCUAAUGCAAUGACUCCAACUGCCCUACACACGCCCUUUUUAUUAAACCUUUUCCUUCCACUCAACUUUCCAUUAAUAUACUUGAGCUAGAGCUGCAAAAUGUGUCCCACUGACAUCAUUGCUGCUUGGAUGCAAUAUACGACAGAGCAUUAUUUAUCAAUUUGACCUCAGUAAAAUAUGAUUAUUUAAAUGGACACCCAACUAAAGCCUUCACUGGAUGAUUGGUUAAUGGCUGAGAUGCUGAAACUCACAGAAAGCAGUGGGAAGAUUGUAGAAUUGUUAAGAAAAUGUGGGUUUAUCAUAAUCGAGAUUGUAACUUUUAGCAAUGGUAUAUCAUCCUGAUAUCAUGCAGUGCUAUCUUGGAUACAGCCAGGUCAACACCUCUAAUGCAGGACAACCAUCUAGUCACCACAAUAUUCUGCAGGCUAUUAAAAUUACGUAUCAAUAUUCAUGUUAUAGAUCAUUCAAAUUUCCUGAGAAACUGCAUUUUGGGUUUUUGCUAGUUUCAAAAACAUAAAAAUCACUAGAAAUGAACAUUUGAUAUGUUCUACACUUGUAGUUUUAUAUAGUUUUGAAUCUAUAUCAGUAUCACCCUUUGAAAUGAAUCACCAAAACAAAUUAAGUUUGCGAUGGUUUCCUAAUGUCUUAAGAUGCACCUCCAUAUGUCUGCAGCACAUGACCUACAUUCAGCCCAAAUAAAAACUCACACAGUGAAAUAAGUUAUUGUAAAAUUAUAUUAACAAGCAAUCUUUCCUCAAUUUGAAAUAAAAAAAUAUCAGCAAAUAAAGGCAACAUAGGACAGAUGUGUAUAAUGUGUAAUGUUCACAGGAAAAAAAAAAAAAACUAAACC